CCUAACUUCCACGGCAACAGAAAAUAGAUUUUUUUUUGGAGCAAAACAGAAAAUAGAUUAUGAGGGAACUUCCACUCCUCCUCCGCCAAUGGCACCACACGUGAUUUCCCACCACUCCAAGCCCAGUUUCAAAACUCCUCUUCCCAGCUAAAUACCGCAAAGCAGAUACCAUCUGCAUCAUGAAGUUCAUCUUGGAAUUCGUCUGGUGCUGUGGGUCCCCAGGCUGCUGCUCGCGCCCGGGAGCGGCGGCGGAGGAGGACGAGACAAGGUGGCUUGAGCCGUCGAGGCCGGCACGUAGGAGCGGGCGGAGACGGCGGGGGCGGAUGGGCCCCGCGGAGGCCGGACCGGAGUGGAAGCCUUCGCUGUGCGCGAUCUCCGAGGACAAGGCGGUGUUGGUGGUGAUAGAGAAAGAGAAAGCCGUCGAUAAUCAGACGGUGGGAUCUGAGGGGUCUCCGAGGAUUGUCAAGAGGAAGGCUGGGUCCCAUGUCCGAGUUCACGUCCGUAGUAGCUACAGCGACGAUUACGGGCGAACUCACGUUCCGGUGGCUAUUCCGGCAUUUUCUCCGACUCCAUUCAUGUUCUGAUGGGCGUGAACAUAAUAAUUGUAUCAUUAUUAUGGAUGAUAAAUGAUUCAAGGAGUACUGUGGCUAUUUUGAAUGCUAAAGUGAAUUACUAUCUUCACAAUUAUUCAUCACCUGCAUGAGCUGCCAUUGGUGACCGGAGUUCUGAUUUCUGAAGAUGGUGAUGACUGAUGAGAGAGCAGUAAAUAAGAUUAUAAGAGUUUGUACUAUAUAUAUAUAUAUCCUCGUUCUCAUGUUAUUGCCGUUUGAAUUUGAAAAAUAGAAGAAGGGGAAAAGAAAACCAACAAAAGGGGCAAAAGGCUCUUUUGUUCCAAGCUA